AUAAUGCUCAUGUCUUUAGGCGGAAGGACACGCCCCCCGGUCUGCAACACGUCUGCCUGCACGUAUGUCAACUUGAGAUAGUGUUUUUGGGCACUCGGUAAAUGUUUAAUAACUGCCGACGGCCAUAACGGACAGAGUAAGGCGCGGGGGGUUGUUUUUAUUUUACCACAAAUGGCCACUGUUGUCUUAAACUCGGUAAACGUGAUGUCGCAGACCACGGCGAGACGGUGUUUUAUGUCUCAUUUGAAGGGGUUGGCUAAUGCAGGAGACUCGCACCUUUCCUCAAUCCCCAAACUGUCAGUGCGACGGUGGAGCUCGCUUCCGGGAGCGAGAUGGUUCACCUGUGGUACCGGAGCCCGGUUCAUGUCUCACGGGGCCGCAGGCAGGUCCGCUCCCGGGCAAACCAGAAGGGGAGCCCUGGCGCUCACCGGAGCCGCAGCUGUGGCAGCGGCAGUCGUGGGAUUCAUGGCCAACGCCGGACACUUUCAGCGAGCUGAAAUGGCAACGAGGAUCCCCCAGGUCGCAGAGGAGGAGGUGGAGAGGGAUAUUCUGGAGAGGUGCAAGGGUUUUAUGUCCGCCCCGGUGACUGACAUCAGCGCGCUGAGGGAGAGGAAGGGAGAGAUGUGCACCAGGAUGGAGAUGCUCAUCAUGGAGACGCAGGCCGAGUUCUGCAGAGCCCUGGAGGAGGUGGAUGGUGGGACGUUCAAGGUAGACCGAUGGGAGAGGAAGGAAGGUGGUGGUGGGAUCAGCUGCGUGAUGCAGGAUGGCAAGGUGUUUGAGAAAGCCGGCGUCAAUGUGUCAGUGGUGUUUGGGAAUCUCACCGAGGAGGCUGCCAGGCAGAUGAGAAGCAGAGGGAAAGUCCUCAAGGGGAAAGAUGGGAAACUGCCAUUUUGUGCCAUGGGGGUGAGCUCCGUCAUCCACCCGAAAAACCCCCACAUCCCCACAGUGCACUUCAACUACAGAUACUUUGAGAUCGAAGAGGAAGAUGGCUCUAAGCAGUGGUGGUUUGGUGGAGGGACAGACCUGACUCCAAUUUAUAUUAAUGACGAAGACGCCUUUCACUUCCACAACACCCUGAAGGAGGCUUGUGACAAGCACCACUCGCAGUACUACCCUGACUUCAAGAAAUGGUGUGACAGGUACUUCUACAUCCGGCACAGAGGGGAGACUCGGGGUAUAGGGGGCAUUUUCUUCGAUGACCUUGAUUCCCCCAGUCAGGAGGAGGCGUUCAGCUUCGUCAAGAGCUGCGCCCGCACUGUGGUGCCCUGCUACCUACCCAUCGUAUACAAACACCUCAAUGACUCCUUCACUGCCGAGGAGAAAGACUGGCAGCAGGUACGGCGAGGCAGGUAUGUGGAGUUCAACUUGGUGUAUGACAGGGGAGUGAAGUUUGGCUUGGCCACCCCUGGCUCCAGAAUUGAAAGCAUCCUCAUGUCCCUCCCCCUCACCGCGAGGUGGGAGUACAUGCAUGAGCCUGCCAAUGGCACCCAGGAGGCCAAGAUGCUGGAGGUACUACGAAACCCUAAGGAGUGGGUGUGAGCAGGUUUACAUGUCACUCUGGACACAACAUCCAGGAAAACACUGACUUUUCAGAGGUGUGGCCUGUUUGACUAGCAGCAGCACUUGGCACCUUUAGUGUUUCUUGGUCAACAUCACACCAACUUACAUUGCAGUUAUCUAAACAGACUUAAAACAUUUAUUUAUCUGAACCGGUACUCUUCCUGCUUCCCUGUGUUGGUGCCAUAUCUGCCUUCUUACCACAUAACUUACAUUAGAAAAGCUUUUUUACUUCGUCACUGUUAUCACAAACUUUGUCACUGGGAACUGUUCCGUUGCUACUUGUUUGGUAAAUCAAAGGCAGACUAAAUGAUGGUACUCCUCAGGUGACAUAAUAGCCGCUUUUGGGUCAUGUCACAUUGCUGUGCUAAUUUUUAUAUUGUGUCAGCCACUAGCUCUGUCUUUUUGUGCCUGCGCUAAAUGAGGUUUGCUCUACUUGAAGCUGUCACAGCCCUCAGCUCUCCAAAGAUACUUUUAAGAAAGCUCUGAAAGAGAAAGUCGGAAUGAACUGAGCCACUGAGGUUGUGUAUGCCUCUAUUUGUAUGAAAUCUGUUAAUAAAAUAACUUUUUGUUGUUUUAA